AUGAAGAUAUUUGAUUGGAUGCAAAGUAAGCUUACUGGAAAAACCCUGAUUAAGAAGCCAAGCUCAAAAGUGUUUGAUGAUGACAAGGUGCAAAAACCUCCCAAAGAAGAAGUGAAUGAGUGGCCUCAUGGAUUGCUGACAAUUGGGACAUUAGGAAAUAGUGACUUGAAAGAAGAUCAACAGAGCAACCCACCACCAUCCCCUAAAGACCAUCUCCAUGGAUUUACACCAGAGGAAGUAAGAAACAUUCAGAAUGAGUUGAACUCCUACUUGAAUGAAGAAGCUGAUCAUCAAUCAAAUUCGGGCGCAGAGCUUGAAAAAGUUCCAAACUUUCUUCCACUGGACAAGUUUCUAACCAGACAGUCAAGCUUGAAAGUUGAGAGAAAUGGUAACAAUGCAGAUUGUGAUGAGCCUAAAGAAAAUGGCAGUCGCUUCCAACGGAGCGGCAGUGUUGUUCUCAGCCGAGGGAAAGAUGUUUGUUUGGAGAACACAAACACUGCCAUUGGCAAGAAGUCGUUGUCUUUUCUCCUCAAGAAGGUGUUUGUUUGUAGAAGUGGGUUUGCACCAGCUGCUGCUCCUGGUCUAAGAGAUCCAAUCCUUGAGUCAAGAAUGGAGAAGAUAUUGAAGGCAAUACUUCAUAAGAAGAUAUACCCCAAAAGUUCAAGUGCUUCAACAAUGUCCAUGAAAAAGUACUUGGAGAACAGACACAAUAUUGCCAAGUCUGCCAAUGAUGAAGAAAUAAAUAUUGAUAAGGAAGAUGAGGGAAGCAAAUGGGUCAAGACUGAUUCUGAAUAUAUUGUUCUAGAGAUAUAG